CCAAACCAAUCCACAUCGCACGAGGAGCAAAGCCUAUCUCCUCCAGCCGCGGCCACGCGGCGCAAACUCGCCGGCGCCAUCGCCUUCCGCCUCCACCUCCUCCUCCGGCGACUCCAAUGGACCUCGCACGCGCGUUUGCCGCCCUGCCCGCUCCUCGACUCCUCCCUGCCCCGCUCACACGGGCUCGCUGCCAUGGACCUCAGCCAUCCACCCCGGCGCCGGCGGCGGCAGCAGGUGGUAUGUUGGAUAGAAGGAGACUACUGUUGAUUCCUGCAAUCAGUAUCACCAUUGGCUCCUUCCAGUAUGCUUUCGAGAAGGGGGCAGCAAAAGCUGAGUUUGCUGAUAUGCCUGCGCUUCGUGGGAAGGAUUAUGGAAAGACGAAGAUGCGGUACCCUGAUUACACUGAAACACAAUCAGGCCUUCAGUACAAGGACUUGAGGGUUGGUGAUGGCCCUUCUCCAAAGGAAGGGGAAACGGUAGUGGUUGACUGGGAUGGCUACACAAUUGGAUACUAUGGUCGCAUAUUUGAAGCUCGAAACAAGACCAAAGGUGGCUCCUUUGAGGGUGGUGAUAAAGACUUCUUCAAAUUUAGGCUUGGAUCAGGACAGGUCAUACCAGCUUUUGAGGAGGCUAUAUCAGGCAUGGCUCCAGGUGGAGUUAGGAGAAUAAUAGUACCACCGGAUCUCGGAUACCCUGACAAUGACUAUAACAAGUUGGGUCCAAAACCAACGACAUUCUCGGGACAAAGAGCUCUGGAUUUUGUUUUGAGGAAUCAAGGGUUAAUAGAUAAAACUCUCCUGUUUGACAUUGAGCUUUUGAAGAUAAUACCAAGUCAAUAGUGCAUGCAUAUGAGUAAAAUGGCAGAAGCAUGCAUUUUUCAGGGCAAUGUUGAUGACCAUUUGGAGGAAAAUAUUCAAAUUUUGGACGUCGUACCAGUACCAGUUGACAUAUGUAAAUAUAUAUGCCAUCAAUUUGAAUGCGCACAAAAUUUUCUAAGCACAUAAGUAUUGUAUGUCAAAUGCUUGUUGUACAGAACUGACACCAUGGACGAAUUCAUUACGACAGUAAUUAUUCAAACCAUAUUGAUAUGAUAUCAGCCACUCAGCCACUUAUAUACAUCACUGCCACAAACAAAGUUUCUCUUAAUUGGGA